AUGAUCGAUAGUAACACUAAUAGCGUUUUAUGUUCUUUAUGUGAUAAUAAAAAAUUUAAAAGUCACUGUGGUCUCAAGAUACAUUAUCAAAAAGUGCAUUGUAGCAAAAAGAUUAUUAAUAUUUCUUCAAAUAAUGUUUUUUCAUGCCCACUUUGCCCAAAUACGAUUUUCAAGAAAAAGAGUGGAUGGAGUCGUCAUGAAACAUUAAGACACUUCAAUUAUAAUAUACUACCUACAAAUCUUUUUACACUUUCUGAUAUUCAUAUUAAUGAAGUUAAAGAUACAUUGGUCUAUCUUAUUCAGUCAUCACCACUUACUGAAUCUGCAUUUGUUUCAAUAUUUCAAAAUAAUAUUAAUCGUUAUUCAAUCUGUCAACAAAGAUAUGAAUGUAGUUUUAGUGGCUACGAUGCAUAUAAUACUCUUGCAAAUAUUUUCAAUCAAGAAAACUGGGGAAGGCGAAUUUAUGAACAUGGACAAAGUUCAGAAGUUGUACUAGUGCCUGAAUCAACUGCAUCGAAUAAUAAAUUAUAUAAUUCUAAUCAACUAAAUUUCAAAAAACCUGAAAUGAAUAUUAUUUGGAAAAGAAGAGUAAUUAAUGAUGAGGCUGGAAACAAGUUUGAAGUGGAUUGGGUUACUUUGAAAUUUCUUGUAGGGCAAUUUCAUUAA